GUAAAUGAGGACCGCGAAUUGGUCGUUGUCUGUACAGCCACUUACAAUGGUAUGCCCCCCGACAAUGCUGAGAAGUUCGACAAAUUCCUCGACAAAUCUGAUACCCAGGGCAACGAAAAGAUUUUGCAUGGACUUCAGUACGCUGUAUUCGGUAUCGGUAACAAGAACUGGCGUACAUACCAGCACUUCCCUAUCAAGGUCGACAGCCGUCUUGAUGAUCUUGGUGCUGACCGGUUCUUCAUUUCUGGGAAGGGAGAC